AUGCCGCUCACAAACCGCCGUCGCGCACGGCGCAAGGAAAUCCAACUGCAGGAAACGUCCGAUGCAGAGGCACCGGACUCGUCGCCCAGUCGACCCUCUGCAAAGAAGCGCAAGGUCGACCGGCGCAAAUCUCCUUCACGCAACAUCAAACAUGAGUCUGGCGACGAGGCCGAAGACUCAGCGGGCGACCACGAACCAGCCAGCAACCAAGAUCUGGUUGAUCUCGUUAUCUCAUACCUGAACACUCCUCGCGAGGAAUUGCGCGUCUCCCGUGAUCAUUCCAACACCAAGACCGAAAAUACACAGCGCAUUCAGGCCUACGCCAAGAUCGCAGGCCGCAACUGGACUUAUUACGUCAAGACACUGCAUGUCAACAUUGGCCGUGAACCGGACCGCGAGCAACGAUCCACUGAACAGUCUAGCCCUGUAACGAUAGCCGCCCGUGCGCUACCGGAUGUGCACGUCGACCUGGGCCCUAGCAAAUUUGUCUCGAGAUUACACGCGGAGAUCUUUUACGAUGGGGAAGAGACGCCCGCUUGGCAUAUCCGUGUGAAUGGUCGGAAUGGCGUGCGCUUGAAUAAUGGUAUUGUGAAGCGCGGCACCGAUGCCGUGUUGUCAUGUGGCGACAUUAUCGAGGUUGCCAAUACACAGAUGAUGUUCGUUACCCCGGGCGACGAAGCCAACAUCCAGCCGAGCUUUAUCGAGCGCGCCCAGCGCAUCGCCAGUGGCCAAGAGCAGGAUCCGGCUGUGGCGGGCUGGGAUGCUUCGCAGCAUGCCCAUCCUUCGCAGCCAUCUCAGACCGGCGAGGAAGUGCGACCAUCUUCAUCCGGUGGGCCUUCGUUGGCACCCGCCCCUCAGUUCUUGAAGCGCCAGGUUACACCUCCUCCGCGCUCGCCUGAUACCGUGGGACAGCGCACCGCUAAGCAGUCCCCGCUCUACAACCGGGGCAUGAUGAUGGAAAGUACAGAGGAAAUCGACUACAGCAAGGAUGUCGCGAAGGAUUUGAAGCCGCCCUACAGCUAUGCGACGCUCAUUGCUCAAGCGAUUUUCUCAAGCGAGGAAGAAAAACUCACCUUGAACAAGAUUUACAACUGGAUCAUGGAUAAAUAUUCCUUCUAUCGCCACUCUCAAAGCGGCUGGCAAAACUCGAUCCGACACAACCUCUCGCUGAACAAGGCGUUCCAAAAGGUGCCCCGACGCACCGACGAACCUGGAAAGGGUAUGAAAUGGCAGAUCGCAGCAGAGUACAAGGAGGAGUACAGGAAGAAGCAAACACGCAAGGGCCACACUUUGUCUUCCGCUCCAUCAUCUCCAGCGACCAAAGAGCCUCCAUCUUCAGCUACCCGCGGAGCUCACGUCAGUAAACUGGAUACCUCAUUCUCAGCAACCGCGAAGAAGUCACCACCCGUGUCAUCACCAGGAUUCAGUUCAUUUCCCGUCGCCCCAGUGGAAGCAUAUACGCCCGAGCGUGGGUCCAGACUCGGCCGUGGAGUUGGUUCCGAUCAUCCACUGCGACACAUGAACCCACGCGACUAUGACGAACCAUCUCCACUCCCCGCGCGCACGCACAACCACAACCACAGCUCCAGCGUUACCACGCAGGUUCAAAACAGUAGCAACAACCUUGCUCGCGCGUAUGGAAUGUCCGACAACAUCGCCGGAUCUCCGCCCGUCCUCUCGUCAUCGUACUACAACGAAGAACCCUCCUCGAUGAUUACUCCCGCUCCUCAACGCCAACAGCCCCGCCUUCCACCCCCAAGCACCGCGCAGAUUCCCUCAAAGUUCAUGCCGAUGAGCUCGCCCGCGCAAUUCUGGAAAUUUGCUGAUAUCGGGAGCACACCCGCCCGUCCUCCACCCGACAUGAGUCCGCUAAAGGGUGAGGUCGAGGACCGCAUCAUCGGUGGUUUCCCGAGUAGUAGUCCUCCUCCGCCGAAUUUGGUCAGUCCAAGUAAACCUGGAACGUCGAACGGGCUGGGCCCUGGUCGAACUUUGCCGCCUAUUAAGACUACACCUGACGACUUAGGUCCCAAUGGUUCCCAUGCUCACAAGGAGGAACCACUUGGUGAAGAUGAAGAAGAGGGGGAUGCUGGUUUUGAUAUCGCUCGUGGAUUCCCCGCUAUUGGCUCAUACCAUCGUCAACUAAGCAACGCUGCUCGAGCGACUGCUACAUAG